CAACGUUCCUUUAUCCCAAUGGGAAAUCUGACUCACCGAAGGCUGGCUUGAAAACCCAGAAUCUCGUAGCCAUGGUUUCUCACCAGCCUCACCUCAUUCUGUUCACAGAGACUUUCUCAAUACCCUAGCCAUAUACUGUUAACCAUGGAUUCCUUAGCUCAAUCUUCAUGGGUUUUCUCUCUCAAUUCCAGUAACGGCGUCUCUUUUUCUUCUUCUUUCAAAACCAACACUUACCCAUCAACGUUCCUUAAGGCAGUGUCUUCAAGAAGUUUAAGAAUCUUCUCGUCUCUAGAGAAUACCAAUUCAGAUUCAUCUCCAUCCAAUUCAGCAAAUGAUUCAGAGAGAAUUGUUGGGGGCAAACCGGAAACAACCGACCCAGUGAAGCUUGCUUUUGCCAGAGCGAAGUCCUAUAAGAAAGCGUUACAAUCAAACCCGAGCCCCAAGAAAGACACGAGCCCGGUAUCAGAAACUGUUGGCAGUGGAAAUAGAACUGAAGGUUCGGUUGCAGAGAAUGUUGACGGAAAUACGAAGGAAGUCCCGAUUUCUGUUAAGCUAGCAAUGAAGAAAGCUAGAGAAUAUAAGCAGGACAAAGGAAUUAUAGGAAAUUCGGGUAGUUCCAGCAAUGUUGGAGAAACAGGGAGCGAUUCAGGACUAGAGGAAGCCAAGGUGGGGACUUUGGGAGAUGGGUUUGUUGAGAAAAGAGUUAGCAAGAAUGAAGAGCCAAUGAUUUCUAGUAUUGACUUUAUGGGCCUUAAUUUUUCGGAUAAGAAGAAGAGCAAAGGACUGCCUGCAGGUUUGGCUCCACUGGUAGACCCUUUUGCAGAUGGGGAUUUGCCUGAGGUGGAGUUCAUUGUUGGGGACUCUGGCAAUUUCGAAGCUCCUACGCCUACUAAUCCAGAGUUAAAGAAAGAAGUUGAUUUUGAUCUCUACAAACCUAAGGUUUCAACAUGGGGAGUUUUCCCAAGGCCUGGCAACAUUUCCAAGACGUUUGGUGGUGGAAGAACUAUUCGCCCUGGGGAGGUACUUGAAACUGCUGAAGAUAAAGCUGCUAAAGAAGCACGCACUAGACAGUUACUUGCAGCCUACAAGAAUAAGAUGGGCUUAGUUAUUGACCCCAAAUUGAAAUCUGAAUGUAAGAAGGCUUUGAAAGAUGGUGACUACUUGAUGGAUCUUGGGAAGCUUAAGGAAGCAUUGCCUUAUUAUGAAAAAGUGAUGAAGGACUUAGCUUUUCAGAAUGAACUUUAUGGAUUAGCAGCUUUGCAAUGGUCUAUUUGUCAAGAUUCACUGAGCAGGACAAAUGAAGCUCGAUUUAUGUAUGAGAGGCUCCAAUCGCACCCAAAUGUUCAAGUAAGCAAGAAGGCAAGGGAGUUCAUGUUUAGCUUCCAGGCUAUGGAGAUGAUGAAGAUUACAGGCUCAUCUCUCUCUCCAAAGACAACAGGCUUCCAGAGCUAUUUUGAAGCAUUUAUAGAAGAUAAACCCGAUUACACUCAGGGAGGGAGCAAGGAUGAACAAUAUUCACUAACUGAAGCCCUCCCAUAUAUUUUGUUUCUUGUUUCUCCUAUUUUUCUGGUACUACUUAUAGCUGUGCAAAGAGGUACUUACUUUUGACAUUUCAUCUCUUAAGUAGGAUUCAUGUAAUUAUCCUCCAGUGUCCUCUGGAAUCUAUGGGAAUCCAACAUAAUCUUUUUAACAGUUUUAGAAUAUUACGAAGCAGAUUGUGUAAAUAGAAGAUUCUUUGCUAAUUGUAUACUAUCAUCAGACAAGAGAUGCCAUAUUUUAUUUUUUAUUUUU